AUGGCUAACGCAUUUUCAAGCCUGGGCGCUAAAAAACCUUUAUCUGGAGUACUAGUUAUUUCUUUAGUCUACGCAGUUUAUAAAGCAAGAAAACAGUUUAAGCUUAACAUUCAAGGUAGCGAUAAGAAGAAACAACCCCAACAGAACAAGAAAAAACAUAAAAGAGUUGGCGUGAAUGCUGACUUUUUCGAGCAAAUGAAGAAGCUGUUGCCUAUAUGUAUUCCAGAGUCGGGUCUUUUAAUAGUACUUGCUUCUGUACUCAUUGCUCGAACAUGGUUAGAUAUCUGGUUUUCUGGAUUUAACGGUUCUGUUGUGAAGUCGAUUGUAUCAAGAAAUAAGAAAGAAUUUAUUGCAAGAGCAAUUGUAGAAUUUGGUUUGAUGAUGUGGCCAAUGAGUAUAGUCAAUAACUCACUCAAGCUGACUAUCAAUGCUCUUGCUCUUAGUUUCCGUGAACGUUUAACAAAGCAUGCACACAACCAAUAUUUGGAUGGAAUCACUUUUUACAAGAUUUCCAAUCUCGACAAUAGACUUCAAAAUGCCGAUCAAUUGCUGACACAAGACAUUGACAAAUUUUCAGAAAACUUAUCACAUCUUUAUUCAGAUAUCGCAAAACCAGUGGUUGACAUAUUUCUGUUUGCCUACAAGCUGGGUGAGGCUAUUGGUAAUGAAGCUCCAUUCUUUAUGAUUGCUUACUUUGUCUUGUCCGGUGUCUUGCUCCGUGCAUUCUCCCCUCCUUUUGGCAGAUAUACCGCAAUUGAACAAAAGCUGGAAGGUGAUUUCAGAUUUACACAUUCACGUAUCAUUACACAUUCUGAAGAAAUUGCUUUCUAUCGUGGUGGUGAACGCGAAAAGGAGGUUGUAAACAAUACGUUUGAAAAAAUCUCAGAUCAUGUUCGCAAAGUAUAUACACUUCGUUUCCUUAAUGGUAUUUUCGAUUCUGUUCUUGUCAAAUAUUGUGCCACUAUGACAGCAUACUAUCUACUGGCUAGACCUGUUUUUGAUCCUCGUUAUGCCACUAAACACAUGGGUGCUGACACGGAUCCUACCAAAUUGAUGGAAGAUUAUUCUAGAAAUUCUGUUGGUAGACUCAUUUUAACUGGCCGUGAUUUGACUCGCUUUGCAGGUUACACGUCUCGAGUAGCUGAUUUGUUUGGCGUACUAAGUGAUGUUCGCCAUGGCAAAUACAAGCGUACAAUGAUGACAAACGAAGAAAAUAGCACUGGCUCAAAGAAUAAGGUUGUUGACACCAACAACACAAAAGGAAAAGUAUUGAUUCGUGAUGGCGUAAUUAUUUUUGACAAAGUGCCUAUUGUGACACCCAACAGCGAUGUCUUGCUUAAAGACCUUUCAUUCAAGGUCAGCACUGGCAUGAACUGUUUGAUCUCUGGUCCUAAUGGCUGUGGUAAGAGUUCUUUGUUCCGUAUCUUGGGUGAUUUAUGGCCAUUGUUUGGUGGUAAUUUGACUAAACCUGCACCCAACAAAUUAUUCUAUGUGCCUCAAAAGCCUUAUCUUCCCUUGGGAUCAUUCAGAGACCAAGUCAUUUACCCUGAUACAUGCGCAGAAGCUGAAGCUAAAGGAUUCAAUGAUGAUGCUUUGAUGAAGCUCUUGGACACAGUGCACUUGGGAUAUUUGGUUGAACGUGAAGGUGGCUGGGAUGCUGUACAAGACUGGGCUGAUGUCUUGUCUGGAGGUGAAAAACAAAGAGUGGCUAUGGCUCGUUUGUUUUAUCACAAACCACAAUUUGCUAUCCUUGAUGAGUGCACAAGCGCAGUCAGCGUAGAUAUUGAAGCAAUCAUGUACGAGCACGCUCGUAAAGAAGGCAUCACACUGUUUACCGUAUCACAUAGAACAUCUUUGAUUCGCCACCACGAAUAUCUCCUAAGAUUUGAUGGUGAAGGUCAUUAUGAAUUUAGAGAAAUGGAUCCUGAAGACGUGACAUCUGCUUUUGGAUUUGGACACGGAAAGUCUAAACCUCAAUCCAAAUUAGAAGAUGAAAGCUUUUAA